AUGCUAGGAGAUGUAGGUAGUGGUGAGCAGAAAGACUGGAAGUGGCAAUUCGCAGUGAAGAUACUGACGUUGGUAUCCAGUCAUGGGGUUAUAUACCAUUCAACAAUCGCGGUAAAGGUCAUUGAAUCAGGCUAUCGCGGCGGGGAGGGCAAUGAGUGCAACCAGCGAGGCGUGCACGUGCUCAGAAAACUCUUCUCUACCUUUGGUUACCCGUUCACGUUAGUCUCUGACAAUGGCCCUAACUUCACAUCAUCCAUCUUCAACAAAUUUCUGCAAGCUUGUGGCGUCACACACAAAUUCUCUGCCCCCUAUCACCCUGCAACCAACGGACAAGCAGAGAGAUUUGUUCAGACUGUAAAGAAACAGUUAAUAGCAAUGGAGAAUGAUGGAGGAGAUUUGCACUUCAAAAUAAAUCACAUCCUAAUGUCACUAAGGAAUGCCACAAAUGCUACAGGGUCCUCGGCAUAUGAACUUAUGUUUGGGAGACGGAUAAGGACAAGGCUGGAUCUUAUGAAGAAACCCCAAGAUCACACAGGAAUGCCCGACGAAUGUACUAAAAUCAAAAGAGAGUUUCGGGCGGGGGACAGGGUUCAGGUACGCAAACGCAAUUUUGGAAAAGACGGAAAGUGGAAAUUUGGAAACGUGAGAAGGAGAGAAGGAUUGAUACAUUAUCAAAUCGAGAUGGACAAUGGGCAGGUUUGGAGAAGGCAUAUUAACCACAUUCGGCCGUGUAAAUUUGAGGGGGAGGAUUAA